UAAUUUGUAACGCUCACUGCGAUUUGAAGCAGCGACCGCCAGGGGGAUUCUUGUCGUCUUUUUCAGCAUUGUGUAGGAGCUUUUAUGACGUGAAUUUCCACCUUCCCAGUGCCUUCUUUUUUUUUUUCUUAAAUUUUUUUAUCGUAAUUUUUUCUUUCGUUUUUUUCUUCCCCAUUUUUCGUGGUGGCACCGACAGCGAGCCAUGGAGAACGCUACAGACAACAGCCAGACGAACCUCAUUAUCAACUACCUGCCCCAGACGCUGACAGAUGAAGAGUUCCGCAACCUGUUUGUCAGCAUAGGCCCUGUGAAGUCGAGCAAGAUCGUGCGACACAAGGCAACUGGAUACAGCUACGGCUUUGGCUUUGUCGACUACCAGACCAUCGCAGAUGCAGCACGGGCCGUGGAGACUCUCAACGGCCUCCAGCUUCAGAAUAAGAAGAUCAAGGUGGCAUACGCCCGGCCAGGAGGCGAGACGAUCAAGCAUGCCAAUCUCUACAUACGGGGCAUUCCCAAGCAUUAUCCUGCAGAGCAGGCAGAAAAACUCUUUGCGGAUUUCGGCAAACUAAUCCAGUUCCGUGUCCUUCGCGACGAGACGGGUACCAACAAGGGGGUGGCGUUUGCGCUGUACGACUUGCGUGAAAAUGCAGAGGCCGCCAUGGCUACGCUGACUGGUCAGACCCUCCCAGGUGCGACGGAGCCCCUCCUGGUGAAGUUUGCGGAAGACAACGCCAAGAAGCUGCGUCCCCCACUGCGUGCUCCUGUGGCAGGGGGAGGACCGAUGAGGGGGGCUCAGGGGCGGUACCGUUAUAAUCCACUAACGGGUUCAUACAGCUACCCGAUGGCAGGAGGAGCUCCGGAGGGAGGUCACGUGCUGUUCGUCUACAACAUUGGGGCGGACACGGACGAGAAAUCGCUCUGGCAGCUCUUCGCCCAAUACGGGUCUGUGACCAAGGUGAACAUCAUUCGUGACACGGCCACAGGGCUAAGUAAGGGCUUCGGUUUUGUUACCAUGGCCAACUACCAGGACUGCGUGUGGGCCAUUGAGGCACUCAAUGGAUUUCGUUAUGCUGGGCGUCCUUUGCAGGUGUCGUUCAAGCAGCCCAAGUAGGACGGGGGUUUCUCAUGGCGCGAGGCUAGGGCAUGCCCUGCCCGCAGCGCGCGCUAGCAGGGGCUCAGAUCAGGGCUUUUUCCCGGGGGACAUUGUGGGGGAUGUUGUGUUGUUUUGUUGUAUCAAAUGUGUACAUCGAGAAGUGCCCCAUCAUGCAUUACAAUGCUCUGCAUAAUAAAAACAUGCCACAUGA